AGAUUCCCUUAAAAAUGGCGCCGUUAAGUACGACGACCAUAUCAGGUCUCUUGAAGGCUGGGAAGUUUAAAGAAAUGUGUGAAUCUGUGGAAACUUUCUUCAACGAUAAUCCCGACGACAAUGGAUCUGCAGUGAAGGUCGUGAAGACUGUAGCAUGGUUUGUUUACGAGAACAGCGUAGAUGAUAAAUGGCGAAAAAGAGUUGUUGAAACUGUGAUUUUAUCAGUUGAAAUAUUGUGCAAAAUAGAGAAAUCUAAUUCAGUGUUUAAAGAUGUUCUCCGAUCUCUGUACUACAUUGUCUCAAGACUAGAGAAGGUAGAUAAAGAUCCAUUUCUUCUUUCGGAUCUCCUUCCAUCAAUUCUCAGGUUGUGUGAGGUGGCGCCAGACAAAACUGGACUCUUUUCCGUUACGUACAAUCUUUACGUUACUCUUUGGAACUUCGUCAUCAACUUAGAACCAAGCUUAAAAACCGAAGCUGAGAUUGUUGCUUGCAUUCAGAUACAGAAUUCUGCUCUGCUUUUCCAGUUGAUGGAACCAAGUAAUGAGAAGUUUUCCUUCCCUAAGCUGAUCAAUAAAAUGAAAACUAUUACAACUAAGUUGGCAAGCAAGAUACAAGAAACCUCACCUCUUCAUCUCCUCGCAGAUAAUCUAAUACAACAUCUGCUCAACCCGAACCUCAAACAGUGUGAUCAAACCCUGUACUUUGAACUAUGGACCUUUUCAUUGGAAUUUUGUUUUAAAACAAAUAAUUUUGAAAAAAUUAAAGAUUUGAUGUUAGCACGUCAUCCUAGUAAUGAAGGACAGUAUCCUGAGGAAGAAAUUAAUUUUCUAAAAGAUUUAAAAUCCUUAGCUAAUGUUUUGCCGGAGGAUUUCAACCUGAAGACAAAUACUGAUUUCUGUGAAUCUAGUUUAUCAGAUAGCUAUCUUCUUAUAGUGAUCAAUAUAUUUAUGCAGUUUUACAACGAAAUAAGUGAGAAGUUAGUGAAGUUGAAAACUAUAAACCCAGGGAUGUUUGACUUGGUGGAGACAGGACUAGUAGGACUAUGCUCCUCCUGUUCUACUCCUGAAUCCAUUAUAUCAAGUUGUAAACUCCUCUCCGUCCUGGAGAGUUUAGAGAUCAUCAACGGUCCGGACACCUUGGAGAGCAGAGUUCAGAAUAUCAGGAACCUGUUCGAUGUUCAUGAAGAGUUAGUAAGGAGAGCUGAACAGCACAAUGUUGAUGAAUCUUCAAGAAAAUCUAUUGUCUCUAAACUAGCUGCUAAUACUUAUAGUUUUGGUUCUCAGUUGUAUCAGUGCAAGAUGUUCCCUGAAGCUGAAGAGUUCUUAUUAAGAAGCUGUAGUGCUUCCACAAAACUACUAAAAUUAGAACCAUCUUCUUUCCUUAGUCAGUAUAGGACUAGAUGGAAAACCUUAGCUGAUGUUCAGAACAGACUUCUUAAGAAGAAGGAUUAUCUAGUGAGUCUAGCUGUUAGCCUAGUUUUCCUAGUUUCUACAGAUACAGCAUCAGAUCAAAUACAGAUUCUACUUUGUCAGUAUAUUCGUGGUUGGAACCUUGGAAGAGUUGAAUGGAUUAAAGAAGACCCGGAAAAUACUGAAGCUAAGGAUUCAAAUAUCAUAGAUCUAAUCAGGAGUAGUAUGAUAGGAGAUACAGUAUCUAAUCAGAUACUGGUCAGAUUACUCAUCUGGGAGAUACUUUGCUAUAGACAACUCUUCCCAGAGGGCCCUGAUCUUAGGGAGCUGACAGUUGGGAGUUUGAAUGUCAUCCUAGAACUAGAUCAAACUAGUUUAAACACAGUUCUAGUCUUUUUAGAGCAAACCUGGAUUUUCUGCUUCCAUAACAACUUUGAGGAUCUUGAAACUGGAAUUAAGCUUUGUGAGAAAGCUAAGAAUAUGCUGACCGGCAAGAAGGGAAUAGGUGUUCUGUACCUCAGUAUAACCCAAUAUCUACGGUUCCUAUGUGAACACAAGGUUCUACAAAUACAGAUUUCUUGUGAGAUGAAUGAGGAGGAGAAGAGGAAGUUUGAGGCGGCUGAGAAGCUAGAGAAUAUAGAUACAUUAGGUAUGGAGGAAUCUACUGAGGAUGCUAGAGCAACAUAUGUAGGACUUGAGAUACAAGUUCAGGAAAAACUUGUCAUGCUCUUGGAGGAGGCAGGACAGCUUUUCAUGCAAUAUGAUUAUUCGGACAUAGGUUAUUGGUAUACAUUGAAGAACCUGCUUGACCUGCAGCUAGCUGUAGCAUCUCAACUUGAAUUAUUUAACAGAAAUUCUUUCAAACUGCUGGAGCAUAUUCAAGCUUUGGCUGAAAGAUUUGAUGAGACAGAAUAUAUUAUUCUGGCAGGAACAAGACUCAUCCAAUACAAUCCUAGACAACACUUGGUUCAUCUAGACAAGAUUUGUGAAUUGAGUAAGAGUAUUGAGGACCAAAGAUCUAACACAUCUCUUAUUUAUGAUAUUUCUCUCACUCUAGCGGAAUCAUUUCUAAAUACUAACCGGUACCCUGAAUGUGAGUCUAUAUUAGACUCAAUACUGGAGAACUCCUAUAUUCGGCAGAACUCCCUCAAACCAAACCUGAUCAGUGCUGAGGCUAGAUACCUGGGAAGUAGAUUAAGAUAUAUGAGUGGAACUCCGUGUAAACUGUUAGAUAAUGAUACAAUCAAUUAUUUAUCUUUAUCACACCUGGGCCCGGUAGAACUUGCCGUAGAAGCUUUCAAACUAACAAUAUUGUGUUGGAAAUAUCUCCUAGACGAUCUGGGGGUUCACUCCCGGCAGGAGUCUAGUCUGCUGUGGUUGGAACCUAAGAUCUUAACACUCUUGUUUAAGAUUAUAAAACUUCUGAUUACUCUCUACAAGGUUAUAUCAACCCCUAGGGAGAUGAGAGGAAUCAUAAAGGAAGGAUUGAUAUUUGCUCAAUCCCGUUGUCUACCUCUACAAUCAGCUGUCUUUCUAGUAGAACUUGCAAAAGUUAUGUUGUUGUGUGAUGAGUAUGGGGAUGCAUUUACUCAGCUCCAGGGAGUUAAAGGAGUACUAGAGGGUGUUCUACACCAAGGAGAGAAGGGGAAGGUGUACAGGUUGGAUAUGGAUGAGGAGAUUGUAAAGGUUCCAGGAGAUACAACUAGUAGAGCAGCUUCUCCUCUUCUCUUUAGAAAUACAAUCCUUCCACCAGAUUAUCUCGAAGAUUCCUCUGAAUGCUGCUGCUCGCAAUGUUCUUGUCCAAUCCUUCAUCUUCUUGUUCUUGACUACUUUAGCUCUCAGGCACGUGCGCUAAUCUUGUCCGGCGAGCUAAGAGCUGGUAAAUCUGUGUUUAGGACGUUGCAUGAAAUUAUACCCAAGUUACGAAAGAAGGUCCAACUAUCAUCUGUGAACUCUGGUUUAGAUGUGGAGACAGCCUUGAGAAUAUUUAAAGAACAUCAUUUAGAAUGUCUGAUCCUUGAGGCUAAUGUAUUAGCAUUCUGUGAUGAACUUGAGGAUGCACAAUCUGUUCUUGAAUCAAUUCAACUACCUGGAGACAAACCAGUUCUACAGACAGAACAUAAUCAUAUAGAAACAGUUAGUGUUUGUUCUCAUCUAAACCGAGUCCAUCCUUCUCUAGUUUUCAAGAUUUUAGAGAUAAAAGCAUCUCUGCAAAGUGCUACACAGUUAAAAUAUGAUGGUGUUCAGAGCGGAGAUCUGGAUAAAUUGACUAACGCAACUAGUCUUCUCAGUAUAACUAACAGGUUCAAUAAGUUUGAAGGUUAUCUAACCCCGACUGUUACCAAGACGUGUGCCAAAUCAUCAAAAGCUCCGAGAAAACGCGAUCUCCCAUCCUUGGGACCUCAGGGUACAGAUGGACUUUCCAAGGAUUUGGAAAAGCUGAACCUUUACUCUAGUCCUCAUCCAUCCAAUUCUCCGGAGCUGAAACCCCGUCAUUUGGGACAGUCAAGGCAUAGACUAAUGAAGAUUGAUGAUUUGGUAGAAUCGGAGGAGCUAAAUGAAAAAUCUCAGUGGAAACCUAAAAUCGUAGUAACGGCGGAUACACCGAACAAAUUCUUCAAAUCAAAGGGGUCCGUCGGGUCGGAACAAACACCAUUAAAGUUAGCGAGUAAAGUUCCGAAAAGGGUGUCUAAGAAAGUGCUGUCUCCGACUGAAAACAAAUCUGUAAGGAAAUCUACGAAGAAGUCAACAUACCAGAUAUACGAAGACACGGAGAAUAGUGAAUGCGAGCAGUUAAACACCAAAACUCCUGUGCGAAGUAGAGCUGUGCGCUCAACACGAAAGAAGAAGCUAGAAACCGAAAAUAAACCAGAGAAGCUUGACGCCAGUACUUCUCGAACAUCCAGAAGUGCGGCGAAACGUCUGUAAUUUAUUUUCUGAUUGAGUACAAUACAAUAUUUUUAUUUUUAA